UAAUCAGAAUGAGUUGAAACUUAAUGUAGUUUUAUAAAAUUAUAGGUGACGAUUAUGUGCAAUGUGUUCCAACAAAAAAAGGUCACCAAAUUCUGUAUAAGGGGUACACCUAUGUUUUUAGAAGCAAGUUACAAUGUGGAGCGGAGCAGUGGUGCUGUUCAUUUCGCCAGAAAACAGAAUUACCUGAUUGGGUGCCCAUUUAUUACAUGAAAAUUAAGGACAAUGAAAUGAAGUGCAAUAUAUGUGAGACAGUUCUGUAUGUCGAUGAAAAAUCCUCUGAAUUGAUGGAACAUAUCAAAAGUAGCCAUAAAGAGGUUUUCGAUCUACACAAAGAAAACCCUGAAGCAACAGUGGGGUUCCGCAUAGAAUUUCUUCAUUUGAACGUGCUGAAUGAUGAUGGUGAUCAAAAAACUCAACCAGUAAUAAUCGGAGAAGUAUGCGAGGCAGAGUCGGAAGAGACAGAAAAAGUGACUAUUAUAAAGCACGAUGCCGAUGAACCAAAAAUUUUGAAAAAGAAAAUAAGACGUGAAAGUGAAAUGAGGAAAAAGAGUUGGGUGUGGAAAUAUUUUGAUCCCCUCAGUGACAUAAUGUACCGCUGCAGAUUAUGCAAUUCCAUACUCUCUAUCAAAGGUUGCAACACUAACAACAUGAAUCGUCAUGUGCGAACUAAACAUCCAAGUGUCUUUGAAGCAGAAAUGUCUCAAAAAAAAUUGCAGGAUCUUGAUUCAAAUGUAGAAACAGAUCAGCAUUCUGUGCAGGAAGAUAUAAUAACUGCUGAUUUUGACAGAUACGAAAUAGAAACCAAGACCCAGAAGCAACUCCAAAGGCGCAGCUGGAUCUGGCUUUACUUCAAUCGUGUAUCCAACACCUUGGCUCAGUGCAAGUUGUGCAAAAGGAACAUAUGUCACGGCGGCAAUGCCACUGGCAACAUGAACCGGCAUUUGAAGAUGAUACAUCAUAAAACAGCACCGGACGACCACAACUGGGUUUGGAAAGUGUUUGACAGGAGCGCAGAAGAUUAUUUCUCUUGCAAGAUAUGCCGCUACAGAUGUUCGAAGGACAGCGACCUCGACAGCAACGUAUCUAGUAUCCUUGAGCACUUGAAAGAGGAGCACGGUGUCAUAUCCGGUGAACAGUUCAGCGUUGGUCACAGAAUAAAAGUUGUUCCUGUUGAUUAAUGACAUGAAUUUGAAAAUAGAAGUAUUUUUAAAAGAGAAUACUGGGUCCUCAGAUUACAGAACAAAAGUCAGAUGGAGCGCACGGAACAGUAAACAUUCUCAGAUUUGGUUGUGUCGUUAACAGCAUGAAUUUGAAAAUAGAAGUGUUUUUAAAAGAGAAUACUGGGUUCUCAGAUUACAGAACAAAAGGCAGAUUGAGCGCACGGAACCAUAGAGUAGUAGUCAAUCCAACUCGGAAAACACACGGAGGCGAUGACAGCAUGAAAGAUAAAGGUAUGCAACCUAGCACACCAACCCGCGUCGCAGUCGCCGCAGUCCCUGAAACGGCCGAACUCCCCAAGCCGCAGUUGAUGACGUCACCAACGCCGGCCCGCACGCAGCGGGCGCUGCGGCUAGCGCGGCGCGGAUG